AUGUCACUUUUCAGCAAACCAUCUCCCCUCAUUCGAAACAGUCGCAACUUGGAAAAGUCGGAGUCCGGUACCUGGGUUCUGCAGCCCGGCCUCCCUUGGGCGCAAGUACUGCAUGUACUUCCCUCGUCAACGGCCGGACGGAGGGCAGAAUUUUCUCCCGACGCUCAGAUAACGCGGCCACAGGGACGAGUAGGGCCGCCGCGACGUAGUGGUUGGGCACCAGUCCUCGACGCUCUAUCCGCGUCCCCCUCGGACGAGAGUGGCAAGCAAGGCUGGAACGAUCAGUGGCCGCUGUCAAUGCUUGGAUUCCUCGAGAAGCUAGUUUGGCUCGGUGCGGCAUCGUCGAGGCUCCUGCGACGAAAGGGAUUGGAAGACUUUAUUUUAGAACCGUCCUCUGGUCUCACAUCGCGCCGACCAAUAGCCAUGCCAUGA